UGGAGCCACACAAAAAUACAGGCCCAGAAAGCCCACGCACGGAGCCGAAUCGGAGAAGUUCUUUGGAAGGCCACAAUGGCGAUGAGGUGCCUCUCUUCUCUCCCUCUCCUCUCCGCAUCCGGCUCCGGAAAGGCCUGCGCUGUGGUCAGAACGCAUCACACUCCCUCUGCCGCCGCGCACCGCCGGAUCCGGACCCACAUGUCGGUGGCCACCGGCAGUGAGCAGGCCCUGACGGCCAAGGAGCAGUCCCAGGAACCUGACUAUGGAGUUGUUAGUAUGCACCAUGUUGGAAUACUAUGUGAAAAUCUUGAAAGGUCGAUGGCAUUCUACCAGGACAUCCUUGGUCUAAAGGUGAAUCCUGCUAGGCCAAAUGACAAGCUUCCUUACAGAGGUGCUUGGCUCUGGGUUGGUUCUGAGAUGAUCCACUUGAUGGAGCUGCCAAAUCCGGAUCCACUGACAGGACGCCCAGAGCAUGGCGGGCGUGAUCGUCAUACCUGUAUAGCAAUCAGAGAUGUCUUGAAGUUGAAAGAAAUCUUUGACAAAGCGGAAAUCAGCUACACACUCAGCAAAUCUGGGCGUCCAGCGAUCUUUGCACGAGACCCGGAUGGAAACGCGUUGGAAUUUACACAAGUGUAGCAAGUGAGAGUCAGAUUUCCAACCAGAACACCUCACAGAAUGGUGCUUGUAAGAUUACUGUACGCAAGACCUUGUUGCAGGUCUUACUGUCUAGCAAACAAGAUCUGGCUAGGGCAAUUCUGCUUGUGCCUUGUACAUACUACCAGUCAAGAAAACGAGGUGUAUCACAUGAUGAUAGACUGGCAGUAUUGGGGCACAGAAAAUGUUGCCAAUGACAUGGAUAUGGACAAAUGAAUAUUGUAAAUUCCUUCCAAAUUAUGAUACUGUACUUACAUCUGA